AUGGCGGUACUUUCACAAGAAGAUCGCAACAUUAUCAAGAACCAUCCUCUAACUGACUCAGUCGAUCGUUUACAAGGCGUGCUUCAGGAAGCUGAAAAAAUAUAUGAGUCGCAUCUAAUUUCCUACAAUGGCGCUGUUGAUAGCCUUGACCAAGUCUAUCAAAAUGCGAUUUCAAAACUCCUCUCUGCUUUGCAGGGAGAGGAUGCGGCUUACAGCCUUCGCUCGCGAAUGAGUAACGGGGAUAUGGUAUCUGAUCUAGCACACUUAGUCGAGCGUCUCCGAAAGGCACAAGAAAACUUCAAGUACGAUGACUACCGGCCACUAGUGAACCUGGUUAUUCAAAGGCCUCCCACCGAAUCCCAGAACGCCGAAACCUGGAACUUCGAUGUCUGGAAAGCUGUAUUUACCCUCAUUGACACCAUCCCUCAACGAACAACUCCUCCGGCGAGCAUUCCCCCUUCUUUUGACAGCACCCCAGUCAAAUCCACUUCGUCAUCGCAGAAAGGCUCCGAGCAGACGCGUGAGUUGGUGAAUCCGAGAAUCUUCGAGGAGAUAUGUGGCUGCACAUUUCGAGACGUCGAGGGCUUCUUUGACAAAUACUUUGAGGAGAAGGAUUGGAGCGACAAAGCAGAUACCAUCUGUCGACGCGUGCUGGACCCAGACAGCGAUGGUAAUUGGGCCCAGUUUCCUGAUCCUCCUACACAGGACGAUGUCCUCGCCUGGUGGUUUCGUUUUCAAGAAGACCUUCUCUUGGAAUCACGCGGCACCUACUUCACCACGGUGAGCAAAGCGGAUCUUACCGGUUCGAAGGCGGAACGGCAAGUCGACCUUCUCUUGCGAGCUAAGGGUGGGAGCCUCUCGCGAAACAAACACGACUGGAGAGACAUCCUGGUGGUUGGUGAGCUCAAAAAACCUAGGGAGGAGAUUGGGACCAAAGCCACACUGCUGCAGAUCAGCCGCUGCGUGCGCGAGGUCUUUGCUGCACAGCCCACUCGGCGGUUCGUCCACGCAUUUGUCGUCUGCGGGACCAAGAUGGAGGCGUGGGUGUUCGACCGUUCAGGCCCCUACAGCUCAGGCAUCAUCGACGUCUACGCGGACUCGAGGCGGUUCUUUCAGGUGCUUGUGGGCUACACCAUGAUGAGCGACGAGGAGCUGGGACUGGACACCUUUAUUGCUAGGGAUGAAGGCGGCAACAAAUCAAUAACUGUCAAAGGGCCUGGGAACUCAGAGGGAAAGAAGGUGCGGCUAGGUGAAAUGCUUUCCUAUCAGCGUGCCAUUGUAUGUCGCGGAACCACAUGUUUUCUUGCAAACGAUGGACAAGCGGAGGGCGUAGCUAAAUUCUCGUGGGUGUCGGGCAAGCGGCGGCCAGAGGCGGAACUCCUCGAGCUGGCGGGUCGGAAGAGUGUCCGGGGGGUCGCCAGAAUCAUUGGCCAUGGUGUCGUCACUAGUAUCGCCGACGUGCGCUGCGGCCUGACCUUCGAUGACAAGCGCCAUGACUUCAAAAGCGCACCCCUCAGCACGGCCUCAUCGUUUCAUCAAUCUCAGCCGCUUACCGAGCCCUGUCGCUUAGAUAUCCGUCGAAAGUCAUCUUCCAGGAAGCGCAGAUCCCCGGAAAAGGGGCUGCAGGUGUCCAAACGAUCACGUUCCAUCAAUCAACCAUCAAGGGACACUCAGGAGGAGCAUGAACUAGCUUUCUCCAUUCAGUCAGCACACAAUCCAAGCCUCUUCGACAGGAAUGGUGAGGAACUCUAUGACAACCGUGUCCUCCGGUGUCUUGUGAUCUCACCCGCUGGCCGGCCGAUCUACAGGUACGAAUCACCACUGGAGCUGCUCAGGGCACUUCGCGAUGCAAUAAAAGCACACCGGGCUCUUUACCUGGAUGGAAACAUCCUUCAUCGGGAUAUUUCAGAGAACAACAUAAUCAUCACCGAUCCAGAUAAGGCGGAUGGUCACUGGGGCAUGCUGAUCGAUCUGGAUCUUGCCAAAGAAGUUGGAAGCAGGCGAAGUGGGGCGCGACACCAGACCGGCACGAUGGAGUUUAUGGCGAUCGAGGUGCUGCUUAAUAUCGACCAUACCUAUCGGCAUGAUCUUGAGUCGUUUUUCUACGUGCUUAUCUGGCAGUGCGCCCGUAAUGGCUGGGGGAAGGAUAAUCAUUCUAGGGAUAGUAAACUUCGUGCCUGGUAUACUGGUAACUAUGAGGACAUUGCAAACGCCAAGCUUGGCCACAUGAGCAAAGCUGAAAACAUGGGAUUUGGAUUCAUUUUGAGGGAGUUCCCUCCCAAAUUUCGUGGCCUUGUACCGCUUUGUCGGGCCCUACGAGACAUUCUCUUUCCUUACAAUGACAAAGGUCUUAUUGUAGGCACUCCCCAAAACCCAAACCGCUUGUACGAUCCAAUUAUCAAAGCAUAUGAUGACGCGAUCACCCAAUUUGAACUCGGAAAACUCACCCGCGAUAAAUCUAUUUAG